AUGUCGCUCGACGGCUGGGACGUUGGGUCCUCAACAAGAGGGCCCAACUUCGCCCGUGGAGGGAAUGCACCCAGCUCGCAUCCCGAGUCCUUUCAUGGUGAUGUGUUCGAGGACGUGGAUGACUGGCUCGACCACUUCGACCGGGUCGCAGCAGCCAACGAGUGGAACGAGACCAAGAAACUGCGCUACGUCUACUUUGCACUUGAAGACUACGCUCGCACGUGGUAUGAGAACCAUGAGCCGUCUAUCACCAACUGGCAAGAAUUCCAUCGACAACUACGCGAAACAUUCAGAAAUCCAGAAAGAAAAGAGAAAGCCGAGCAGGCUCUGCAGAGCCGGGUUCAGAAGCCAAACGAAAGCGUGGCAAUGUUUGUCGAGGACAUGUCGCGCUUAUUCAGACGCGCUGACCCAGGAAUAGAUGAGACAAAGAAAGUUCGACUCCUAAUGCGGUGUGUGAAGGAGCAACUUUUUGCUGGACUCAUGCGCAAGCCCCCAAUUACUGUCGAUGAGUUCAUCGCUGAAGCGACGACAAUAGAGCGAGCACUCCAGCAACGCUCUCUGCAGUACGACCGCCAAGCUAAUGUCGCCACUUUGUCACCCUUCACCUGUGGACAGGAUUUGGCAGCACUCAGAGAGCUUGUGCGGAGCGUUGUCCGCGAGGAACUCGAGAAGGUUCGCCCUACUCCUACUCAGCCGACGGUGACCGUACUGGGUGACAUCAUUCGAGAUGAAAUCAGGAACGUCCCCAAGCCCUCGCCCACGUCAGGAAAACUGAGGACAGCGACCUCCGGGGGCCUCAAAGACCCCUCAGGCCGCCUCGCCCGAUGGAGUCUCCGCCUCCAAGAAUUUGACGUUACGGUGGUUUAUAAGUCGGGACGCAAGCACACCGACGCUGACUGCCUCUCACGCGCCCCAGUCGAGUCGACUCCUCCUGACCAAACUGACGACGAGAGUUUCCUCAUGGCCGUCACAGCGUCUGACUUGGCCCAGAAACAGCGUGAUGACCUAGAGCUUCGGCCACUCAUCGUCUAUCUUGAGGGCCAGCUUACGCAGCCACCACGAACAUUCAGGCGCACGAUUUCAUCAUUUUUCCUUCGCGACAACAUCCUGUACAAGCGGAACUUCGAUCCCAGCGCUCGAACCGCCCUUCUGGUAGUACCAUCUGCGAUGCGAGAAGAGAUCCUAAAUGCGUGUCAUGACGAACCGUCUUCUGGACAUUUAGGGUUCACGCGUACUCUCGCUCGUAUUCGCCACAAGUACUACUGGCCUAAACUGUCCCGUACCGUCAAGCACUAUGUCAAAACCUGCCGAGACUGCCAGCGGCGCAAGAUUCCGCCCGUGAAACCUGCUGGCUUUUUACACCCUGUAGAGCCACCUCGAGCACCAUUUCAGCAAGUUGGCAUGGACCUGCUAGGCCCAUUUCCGAAAUCUUCAGCGGGUCAUCGUACAACCUUCGCCACAGGGAAGUCGCCUACCACCCCGGAGACAAAGUGUGGAUAUGGAGUCCUGUGCGUCAACGCGGCCGGUCAGAGAAACUCCUACGCCGUUAUUUCGGCCCUUAUCGGGUUCUUCAACGCCUCAACGAUGUCAACUACCAAGUUGUCGCAGAGACUGGUGCACGAUCUUCCCGCCGUGCAGCACAACCGGACACCGUCCACGUGGCCAGGAUGA